GGGAGCGCGCCCCCGCGUCGGUAGACAUGGCGACGCCGGCCUGGAAAUAACAAGUGUGACUCUCGCCCAACAGCGAGACUGAGCGGCCGGACAGCAGCGAUGUCGAGGCACAGGAACGUCCGGGGAUUGAAGUACGACGAAGACUUAGAAGAUGAUGAUGUCUAUGGACAUUCAGUGGAUGAUGACUACUGCAUUUCUCCUGCAACAGCUGCUCAAUUUAUCUACAAGAGAGAUGACUACAACGUACGAGCAUUUAUCGAGGAACCUCUGGAAGAAGGAGAGGAAGAGGAAGAACCUUCCCACAAUAACCAUCCUACACUUCCUGGAGUUGACCAAGCUCGUCUACAUUCGUGCCUUGAUCGGAUGCGAGAAGUCUUGGGGGAGUCCGUGUCAGAACAAGUGAUGGUUGAUGCUGUGCUGAGUAGUCAGUUUGAUACACAGCAAGCCCUUGAUCUUCUACUUUCACAAGAAGGCAAACAAACCUCAAAGAUUAAGAACAAGGAUGCAGCUCCUUUAUGGAACCCCCCAAUAGGCAAAGUGAAGGAUCAACCUGGCCGAGUCGAUUGUGACAUUGUCCCGAAAGUAGCAAAAAUGACUGUAUCUGGAAAACAGAUAACUGGAUUUAAUAUACCCAGCACAGCUGCUGAGAAUGAUCGCCUGCGAAAGAAUGAGACUUUAGGAUCUGCAGGUCUGGAGGCUUCAUCUAAGACCAAUUCUGCAAAUCCUGCGCUCGAUGAACCUACAGCAAUACAGACUCCGAUUAAAAGCUCCUCCAAAGCCAAGCAACAGAUUGAUGUGAAAGCUGAGCUUGAAAAGAGAGGAGGAAAACAACUACUCAAUCUUGUUGUAAUCGGUCAUGUGGAUGCUGGCAAAAGUACUCUAAUGGGUCAUUUUCUUUACCUUCUGGGAAAUGUAAACAAGCGCAUUAUGCAUAAAUACGAACAGGAAUCCAAGAAAGCAGGGAAAGCCUCAUUUGCUUUUGCCUGGGUUCUGGAUGAGACAGGUGAAGAAAGAGAAAGAGGUGUGACCAUGGAUGUAGGAAUGACGAAGUUUGAAACUAAUACCAAAGUGAUCACAUUAAUGGAUGCACCAGGCCACAAAGACUUCAUUCCAAACAUGAUUACUGGUGCUGCACAGGCUGAUGUGGCGAUCUUAGUUGUAGAUGCAAGUAGAGGAGAGUUUGAAGCUGGAUUUGAGGCCGGUGGACAAACCAGAGAGCACGCGUUACUAGUUCGUUCCCUCGGUGUAACACAGUUGGCUGUUGCUGUUAACAAAAUGGAUCAGGUGAAUUGGCACCCUGAAAGAUUUAAAGAGAUUUCGAAUAAACUUGGACAGUUCUUGAAGCAAGCAGGCUUCAAGGAGUCUGACGUUGCUUACAUUCCCACAGCUGGAUUGAAUGGCGAGAAUCUAACGACACGAAGUCAAGUACAUGAACUCAAAGCUUGGUACAAUGGAGCUUGUCUGAUAGAGCAAAUUGAUUCUUUCAAGUCGCUGCAAAGACCAGUGGAAAAACCGUUUAGAUUGAGCGUAUCCGAUGUUUUCAAAGAUCAAGGAUCAGGAUUCUGCGUUACUGGUAAAAUCAAAGCAGGAUAUGUUCAGUCUGGAGACCGAGUGCUUGUCAUGCCACCAAAUGAAUCCUGUACUGUUAAGGGAAUCACAUUACACGAUGAGCCAGUCGAUUGGGCUGCAGCAGGGGAACACGUUACUCUCACUGUGACUGGUGUGGAUAUUAUAAAAAUAAAUGUGGGCUGUAUUUUCUGUGAUCAGAAAGCACCUAUUAAAACAUGCACAAGGUUUAGAGCUCGAGUUCUUAUUUUCAAUAUUGAUUUGCCAAUCACACAAGGUUUGCCAGUGUUAUUACAUUACCAAACUGUGAGUGAGCCAGGAACAAUCCGAAGACUAGUGAGUGUUCUGCACAAGAGCACAGGAGAGGUUCUCAAGAAAAAACCCAAAUGUUUGACUAAGGGACAGAAUGCGUUGAUAGAGCUGCAAACACAUAGAACCGUUGCUCUGGAACUCUACAAAGACUUUAAAGAGCUAGGUCGCUUUAUGCUACGUUAUGCUGGAUCCACUAUUGCAGCAGGAGUAGUCACAGAGAUCAAAGAAUGAUUGAAGUGGAAUCUUGAUUCUUGACCUUUCUGAGAUACAAACUAAGGAAAACAGGCCAACUUGACAAUGUCGCACAGCUUUAAAGGAUGCAAGGAAUCGGUUGGCAAACAAAGUGCAAUUUAUGACACCAUAAAAUGGGACUUCAAUGAAUCCGAAUGUGUACUGUAUGAUAACAUUUCAAGAAAGCAACUGACAGAUGGUGUUCUUAAAAUACUGAGUCAUACUGCCAGUAAUACCUCCAAAAGCAAAGGUGCAAUGUGUCUGAGAAGAGUAUCUGCAGCUCUGCACGUUACAGUGAUUUUUAUCAGUACUUUGCAGACUGAUACAGUAAACGGCUCAAAAAUGAACGCUAGGACUAUGAUGAGUGACCUGACUAAAAAGCACGUUUAGUGGCCAACAGUUUACAAAUGCCUCUAUGGUUUGCCUGCCUCCUGUUUGUUCUUCCAUUAGUGUGCCAUGAUUUACUAAAGUAUUGAGGCAUUGAUCUGCUCACACAGGUUGAUGAUGACAAGUAGCACAUAUACAGUACUUAGAGCUGUGUUUCGAAACGUGAUCUCCAGCACAUCAGGGGAUCAGAUGUAAUAUUUGACAUAUUAAAACUACUCUCUUUCACAUAUCAGUGGAACAUGUUCCAAAAAACAUUCAUCAAGCUGCAACAUUAAUACAAUUGGUACUGAAUAAAAGAUGGUUAAAUCAA